AUGGAAAACGCCCGCAAGGAAGUCAAGCGUCUUUCCCUUGACGACAAGGAAGCUAACUAUGGACAGAUUUUUUCAGUUUCUGGACCGGUUAUUGUGGCCGAGAAUAUGAUUGGAUGUGCCAUGUACGAGUUGGUUAAGGUUGGACAUGAUAAUUUGGUUGGUGAAGUUAUCAGAAUCAAUGCUGACAAGGCCACCAUUCAAGUUUACGAGGAAACCGCCGGUGUAACGGUUGGUGACCCAGUGAUGAGAACAGGUAAGCCAUUGUCGGUGGAAUUGGGUCCAGGUUUGAUGGAAAACAUUUAUGAUGGUAUUCAAAGACCAUUGAGAGACAUUCGUGAAAAGGCAGAUUCCAUUUAUAUUCCUCGUGGUAUUGACGCUCCAGCACUUUCAAGAACCGCCAAAUAUGAUUUCAAACCGGCCGGACUCAAAGUAGGUGACCAUAUUACCGGUGGUGAUAUCUUUGGUUCAGUCUUCGAGAACUCGUUGCUUAGUGACCACAAGAUUUUGUUACCCCCUCGUGCCAGAGGUACGAUCACAUCGAUUGCCGAGUCAGGCUCUUACACCGUCGAGGACACCGUUUUGGAAGUUGAAUUCGAUGGCAAGAAACAUUCGUACACUAUGAUGCACACAUGGCCCGUUCGUGUUCCUCGUCCUGUGGCUGAAAAGCUUAACGCUGACCACCCAUUAUUGACGGGUCAGCGUGUGUUGGACUCCUUGUUCCCUUGUGUUCAAGGUGGUACCACCUGUAUUCCCGGUGCCUUUGGUUGUGGUAAGACAGUCAUUUCCCAGUCCUUAUCCAAGUACUCUAACUCGGAUAACAUUGUCUACGUGGGUUGCGGUGAAAGAGGUAACGAGAUGGCCGAGGUGUUGAUGGAGUUCCCCGAGUUGUUCACUGAAAUUGAUGGUCGUAAAGAGCCCAUCAUGAAGCGUACCACCCUUGUAGCUAACACCUCCAAUAUGCCUGUGGCUGCUCGUGAAGCUUCGAUCUAUACAGGUAUUACCCUUGCCGAGUACUUGAGAGAUCAAGGUAAGGAUGUGUCUAUGAUUGCUGAUUCUUCGUCUCGUUGGGCAGAAGCCCUUAGAGAGAUUUCGGGAAGAUUGGGAGAAAUGCCUGCCGAUCAAGGUUUCCCAGCUUACUUGGGUUCCAAGUUGGCAUCUUUCUAUGAGCGUGCUGGUAAUGCUGUUGCCUUGGGAUCUCCUAAUAGAACCGGUUCGGUGUCGAUUGUUGCUGCCGUAUCUCCUGCUGGUGGUGACUUCUCCGAUCCAGUGACAACAGCCACAUUGGGUAUUACGCAAGUGUUCUGGGGUUUGGAUAAGAAGUUGGCCCAAAGAAAGCAUUUCCCUUCCAUCAAUACCGCUGCCUCGUAUUCCAAGUACACCAACGUUUUGGACAAGUAUUAUGACGAAAAUUAUCCAGAGUUUGCUACCUUGAGAAAUAAAAUCAAGGAGAUGAUCUCCAACGCUGAAGAAUUGGAUCAAGUGGUGCAAUUAGUUGGUAAAUCUGCUCUUUCUGAUGCUGAUAAGAUUACCUUGGAUGUGGCCAACUUGAUCAAGGAAGAUUUCUUGCAGCAAAAUGGUUACUCAACCUAUGAUGCAUUCUGUCCAAUUUGGAAGACCUAUGCCAUGAUGAGAGCGUUUGUAUUGUACUACGAUGAAGCUCAGAAGGCGGUUUCGAAUGGUGCCCAUUGGUCGAAAUUGGCCGAAGAAACUGCUGAUAUUAAGCAUGCGGUUUCAUCGUCCAAGUUCUUCGAGCCAUCCAGAGGUGAGAAAGAAGCUGAAAAAGAAUUUGGAAGUUUGUUAACUAGAAUUUCUGAGAAGUUUGCCGAAGCGUCUGAGUAA